GUUGACAGCGGGUGGCGCUGUGGAGCUAACCUAGCUUUAGCAUCAUAGCUUUAGCACAAGGAAAGAAGAAGCGGUAACUUACUGUGACAGGAAGCGUGUACUACAACAACGUGGGUUUAUUGAAGUCGCCGGUGUUUAUGUCCGCAUUACUAAAGCUUUUUAUUAUUCACAAUGAAGCACACGGAGGUGCAGCAGCAGCAUCCCUCCCUCUAUCUUGAAGUUUGCUCCCAAAAUGAGGAGCAGCGUCUCCCUCUGCACACCUCCAUCGCCCUGUUCCUCCUCUCCUACUGCGAGUGCAAAUCUUUCAAAGUUUUCCUGGUCUUCACCAAACCUGGCAGCUCCCAGUCACUGAAGAGUCAGCUACCAGAGGGUUUGGAUGUGUCUGACAUUCAGUUGGAGGAUCUGCCUCAGUUGGUGAGGGGCUGCCGUCUCCCUGCUGUGUUGGAUGAGACUGGGAGGCUGUGCAGAGCAGGGCUGGCAGUGGUCCUGAGACAUAUCAUCAACAAGACCUUGGAGGCUGAUCCCUCCAGGAAUGAUGUGCUGGCACUGCUGGGAUUCAAGAAGACCUGUCUGAAGGCCUGUGCUGAGGUGAGCAGGUGGACCAGACUGUGUGAAAUUGGCAUCCCCUCUGCUGUUGAAGAACACCUCAAAAAUCCCACAAAUCAAUAUGAGCAGCUGCCUCUCUCCAUCCUCACCCUGGAGCGAAGGCUAGCGGAGCCUGUCAAAGUCCACAAUGAUGACAAGAUACGGAGAAAGAAGCUGCAAGAGCAGAGACAGAGUGAAAAGAAUGAGUUCCCCGAGGCCCAAGGGAAACCAGACUCUGAGUCCGGACAGUCACCUCAGGUCAGUGAUGGACUAGAGCUCAGGGCGGCUCUGGCAAAGCUGUCUGUGGAUUCAGUACCAACUUCAACCACCAGAGAGAACUCUGAGAUCAGGAAAGUGAAGACGACGGACCUGCCUCCGCUGGAGCAUGUGUUUGCUGAAGGACUGUACUUUACAUUGACUGAUGUGGUGCUGCUGCCGUGCAUUCAUCAGUACUUGUGUUCACUCCAAGCCCACGCUGCGAGCACUCUACAUCAGCUCCCCCACCUGCUGCGUUGGUACAGCCGCGUUCAGGAGGUACCUGGGGUCCUCCGGGCAGCUGAGGCCUGUGGGAUGGCUUUCUCCAUCCCCCAGGUUCCCACAUACAGCCACCCAGAGCCAUCAGCAGAGGACAACGCAGCCAGCCUAUUGGAGCAAGAAGAAGGCCAGGAGAUGACCACACAGCUUCCCUUUGUCGGCGGCCCCCGGCCCACAAUGACUAAACUUCAAGAAAAUGGCAUCGAGGCAGUCUUCGCUCCUCAUCCUUGCCCUGCCUGGACCCUCCCAUGGGACAGCUUACCAGAAGCUAUCAACCCUGCUGAAGGGAAAAUGUCAAAUAUCCGUGCAGUCAGGAAGAGGCAACAGCUGAAUAACUUGGUUGCUAUGGUUACAGAGCUAGCCAGGCCAGGACACACCGUUGUGGACUUCUGCAGCGGAACGGGCCAUGUGGGGAUUGUUCUGGCUCACACAAUUCCAGAUUGCCAGGUCAUCCUCAUAGAGAACAAAGAGGAGUCCUUGGUCAGGGCUCAGAGUCGGAGCGCUGAGCUCGGGCUGAAAAACAUUGGCUUCAUUCAGGCCAAUUUGGACUACUUCACCGGGCCAUUUCACAUUGGGGUUGCUCUCCAUGCAUGUGGAGUCGCAACAGACAUGGUGAUGGAGCACUGCAUUCAGGCAGGAGCCGCCUUUGUCAUCAGUCCUUGCUGCUACGGCUUCAUUCAGAAUGCAUUCAAGUUCACCUUUCCCAAGAGCAAAAGGUUCCAAGAGACGCUGACUUAUAAGGAACACAUGAUCCUCUGUCGCUUCGCAGACCAAACUGCUGUCCAGCUCCCUCCUGAGAGGCGACUCAUAGGUAAACAGUGUAUGGGCCUGGUAGACUUGGACCGCUCGUGGGCAGCAGAGACUCAUGGGUAUUCGGUGCGGGUGAUGACUAUGGAGCCUGAAAGCUGUUCACCAAAGAACAACAUGCUGGUGGGAAAGCCUCUGCACACGAGUGGACUGGAAGUCUGAGCUAACCAAGUGGAAGCGCUGGUGCAUAAUUAGGACUUCAAGUGCUGGUGUACAGCAGAGCAUCUUCACUGUAGUCAGGGUUUGAUAAAGCACCAGGCCUGUGUGGCUCCUGGCUGUGUCAUCAUGGUGCUGAGAAUACAACUAUUUUUUACCCUC